AUGGAAGGCAGAACUCUGAACAGUGUCAUCACAGAAAUGACGGUCAUAAACUUUGAUUUUUAUCAUUUCAAACGCAAGGGACGUGGAGCUUUGGUCACGGGAUUUGGUUGCCAAAUUUGUUUCCGCUUCAAGUCUUGGAUAAAUAGUUUAACGCAAUUAAUACUUAUGAAAAUAUUUAAUGAUGUUAUUCCUGUUAAUAUUGAAAUAAAAAGAGUUUAA